AUGUUUGAUCGUUUGAAAGCUCGUUUUUUACUUCGUAAAACAUCCGAACCAUCAUGUGAAGUAGCGUUCAAAAAUGGUGGAGGUGCUUUUAUUAUACCGUAUUUUUGUAUAUAUUUUCUUAUUGGUACACCGCUUUUCUUUCUUGAAAUGUCACUGGGCCAAUUUACAAGUAGUGGUUCAGCAGCCGCUUUUAAAAUGUCACGAAUGUUUAAAGGACUUGGUUGGGCAACGGCUAUAAAUUCAUUUUUGGUUUCAAUCUAUUAUAAUGUUAUAAUUGCUUGGUGUCUUUUCUAUUUUUUUGCCUCAUUUCGACGUAAACUUCAAUGGAGUGAUUGUGGAAAUUGGUGGAAUACCGAACAAACACUAAACUUUUCAAAUUCGACUGUUUUCUGUAAAAGUAUUCUUUAUCAAACAAAUUGUACAAUGCCUAGUCUUCCACCAGAAGAAUAUUUUGAUAAUUAUGUUUUACGACGAAGUGAUUCACUUGAUAAAUUGGGUUCACCUAGUUGGUCUUUGUCAUUAUGUUUAUUAUUAGCUUGGAUUCUUGUUGGUCUUUGCAUUAUUCAAGGUAUUAAAUCGUCGGGCAAGGUCGUUUAUUUUACUGCAUUAUUUCCUUAUGUUGUCAUUUUUGCUUUGAUCAUUCGUGGUGUUACUUUACCGGGCGCUCGAGCUGGUCUUACAUUUUAUUUGAAACCUAAUUGGAAUAAAAUUCGAGAAUUUGAUGUAUUUGCUGGUUUUGCAAUUUUUUCAAUCCUUGGUUAUAUGUCAUUAAAAACGGGUUUACCUAUUGAACAAGUGGCUAAAGGUGGACCGGGUCUUGCGUUUAUUGCUUAUCCACAAGCUCUAUCAAUCAUGCCAGGUGGACCAUUUUGGGCUGUAGUUUUCUUUUUUAUGUUACUCACUCUUGGACUUGAUUCUCAGUUUGCUUUCGCUGAUGUUAUAAUCUCUGGUUUACUCGAUACAUUUAAACAAUUACGUCGUCAUAAAGUCUUUGUAACAAUCAGUUAUUGUAUUGUUUGUUAUUUACUAGCAUUACCAAUAUGCGCACCGGGUGGCAUUUAUCUGUUUACAUUAAUGAAUGAAUAUGCAUCUAAUUUAUCUGUAUUUGCAUGUGCAUUUAUUGAAUUUGUACUUAUUGCCUAUAUCUAUGAUAUUCGAAUGAUGUUAGGUAAAAGACCUUUGGAACUAUUUUGGUUUUUUACUUGGUGUAUUUCUGGUCCACUAAUUACUCUAAUUGUUUUUUUUUCAUCGGUUAUUCGCUUUCGAACACCAACCGAAGGUAAUUACGAAUAUCCAGCAUAUGCCAAUGCACUUGGCUGGCUUAUGGUUUGUUCAUCCCUCAUCUUCAUUCCGAGUAUUAUGAUUCAUGAAUUAAUCAAAGCUUGGAAAAUAACGAUCAGCCCUGACUAUCCAGUUACUGAAAAUAUGCCACAUUACUUGCGGAUGUUGGUUUAUGCAAGUGAACCAGAUAUUGAAUGGGGACCAGCAAAAAUUGAAAAUCGUUAUGGUCGUUAUGGGCCAAAGAUAGACCAAUCGACUUCCAAAUAUCAAUCGAGUAUUAAUCAGGGUGAAAAUAAUUUGGCUUUUGAACCUGAAAAUACUUUUCAUUUAGAAUUAUAA